CAGUUCACACAGGAUUUCAUUCUGAGCAGUGAGAGUAGUUUUGACAAAAUGACUCGUUGUUUCAAUGAUUUGUUUCUUGUUUUGCUUCUUCUUAUUAUUCCAAGAUUUCCAAAUUAUGAAGCCAGACAUUUUAACUCCACAAUUGUUGGGGAACUGCUCCUCUCAUAUCAAGAAAGCCGUCAAACAGUACAUGCAGCUUUGGCCAACUCAAGACAACGGCGAAGCACAUCAACGUCUUCAAAAAAUGGGUUUACAUUCCUUCGGCAAACUGAGCCAGAGACUCUGGAGCUCUCUCAAGCGGCAGAGAUCUUUCAAACGACUCUACAUGUCUUAAAGAACAGAGCCAAACAAAGAGAUCCAAGGGCUGCCAUGCUGCCAGCACUGCUCUCAUGGGAGGAUGUAGAGCUGAUUGCAGAGCUGUCAAAAUGUCCUCCUGCGACACAUCCAACCAUCUGCCAGCACAGUCAUCUCAACAAGUACCGCUCCAUAUCUGGCCUCUGCAACAACAGGCAAAAUCCUCUCUGGGGAGCAACCAACACUCCUUUGGUCAGAUGGCUUCCAGCUGAAUAUGAAGACGGAGAGAGAGAACCUAAGGGUUGGAACAGAGGGUGGCUUUACAAUGGGUUCCAACUUCCCCCGCCAAGAGAGGUCAGCAUAAAAAUACUGAGGAGCUCCGUUAAACAGGAAGAUGAGCUCUAUUCUCACAUGCUGGUGGAGUGGGGCCAGUACAUUGACCAUGAUAUAACUUUCACCCCUCAAAGCACGAGCAGCUCAUCCUUUUGGACCGGCAUGGACUGUUCAAAGACGUGUGAAAAUAUGCAUCCAUGCUUUCCUAUGCUAAAGACAGGUGUGGCCGGUGAACAAGACUGCAUGCCAUUUUUCCGCUCCGUUCCAGCCUGCUUUGUCAGUUUCAGGUCUGAUAUUAGACAAGCUCUGCAGAGACAACAGAUGAAUUCCAUCACAUCAUUCAUGGAUGCUUCAGUUGUGUAUGGAAACACCCCAAAACAGGAGAGCCAACUUCGUGACCUUUCCGGUCAUAACGGAAAACUUGCUGUUAACACCCACUUCAGGGAUGUCAAAGGAAGACCCUACCUCCCAUAUGUAGACACUCUACCAUCACCUUGCCGCCAGGCCCCAGAUGAACAUAGAGUGGAGUGUUUCAGUGCUGGAGACACUCGGGUCAAUGAGGGUCUGCCCCUGACUACUUUACAUACUUUGUGGCUUAGGGAACACAAUCGGAUUGCAGAAGCGUUGAAACACAUUAACAAUCACUGGAGUCCAGAGACUAUCUACCAAGAAACCCGCAAGAUUGUCGGUGCACUGCACCAGAUUAUUACCAUGAGAGAUUAUCUUCCAAAAAUCAUUGGCUUAACAUCUUAUGAACACUACAUCGGACCCUAUUUUGGAUAUGAUCCAAAUACUGACCCAUCAGCCUCCAAUGUGUUUGCCACGGCUGCAUUCAGGUUUGGCCACGCUACCAUCUGUCCGGUUGUCAGGAGACUUAAUGAGAGCUUCCAGCAACAUGAGCACUUCCCGACCUUGAAACUCCACAAUACUUUCUUUAGUCCAUGGAGAAUAGUGAGAGAAGGUGGAAUUGAACCAAUUCUGAGGGGUACACUUGGAAUUCCAGCACAAGCUGCAAGUGCAGACAAGCUGUUGACAGAGGAGUUAACAGAGAGGCUGGUAGUCCUUAAAACGCAGCAGCAAAUGGACCUUGCAUCACUAAACCUGCAAAGAGGACGAGAUCAUGCUCUUCCUGGAUACAAUAAUUGGAGAGCCUUCUGUGGACUCAAAACCAUAAGAACACUGGAGGAUUUCACAGAAGUUAUAGGUGAUUACAAAAUUGCUCAGAAGAUACUGAAAAUAUACAAACAUCCUGAUAAUAUUGAUGUCUGGCUCGGAGGCCUUGUUGAACUUGUGUUGCCAGGCUCCAGAACUGGUCCUCUGUUUGCUUGCCUGAUAGGAAAGCAGAUGAAAGCGCUUCGAGAUGGAGAUAGGUUUUGGUGGCUGGCUGAAGGAAUGUUCAGCCACCAACAGAAGGCUGAGCUUCUACAGGGCUCUCUCUCACGGAUCAUCUGUGACAACAGCAACCUAAAGGAAGUCCUCGCUGAUUCUUUCAGGUUCAGGAAAUAUCCCCUUGAUUACCUCCCAUGUGAGCAUAUACCAUCAAUGAACUUAGAAGCAUGGAGAGAGGAGAGGAGUCAAGACUUGAGACAGUGCGGCUCUCCGAGGGUGAUACAGAACGGGGAUUUUAUUCUGUCCUCUUUUCCUGGCAAACUGGUUGCUCUGUACUCCUGUUACCAUGGCUUCAAGUUAAGAGGUUCCGCUGCUAUAGUUUGUGAAGGGAGUUGGUGGAGUGAUCAAGCCCCACAAUGUACAGAGAGUCAUCCCUAAUUCUUUGACGGUGCAGGAGGUCCUGAAAUGCUUCACGGUUUCAAAACCAAGCACAGAAAAACGUUACAUUUCAGGAAUUUGUUGAUUGGAAGUGCUUGUUAUUUCGAACAUGGAGACAUUUAAAAUGUAAAAUAAAUUCCUGAUAUCCCUUUUUA